GAUUUUUUUCGAGCGAAGUUCUCCUCAGCGUAUAAAGACAAAUAAGCUACAUAGGUGUAGUCUUUAGUUAAUGAUACCCACUUUGUUUUUUUGUACGUUUAAAUGUGCUCUUAUUCAAGACGCUCAUUUGCAGCUUAUCAUGGAAGUAAAACUUUUACCGGCUUGUUUUGUUAUGUUUCUGCUAUGGGAUGGCGCCCAGGCUCGAUCUGCAGGACAAGAGUUUGCCACUGUGUUCAUGCAAAACUAUGUUUUCCCUUUGAACCAGUCACUUUUUCAGCUUUAUAUCACCUCUGUGAAUUCUAAUUGUCAAGUCAAAGUCAACGUGCCCAGUCUCAGUUUUACCCAGGAGGUGCAACUGACUGCAGGUCAGGGCUUCACCGUGACCCUCCCUGUACAGGUCGAGCUGUAUGGCACCAGGAGGUCCCCCAAAACUGUCCUCAUUCAGGCAUCUGAUGACAUAACGGUUUUCUCACUAAACUCAAAAGAACACACGGCAGAUACAUCCCUGGUCUACCCCAUGAGUGAAUGGGGUACUGAAUAUUUUGUGUUCACCCCCACCAACUCCCCUCCAUCCAUGCUGAAGGAGUUUGUGCUUGUCAACGGUAAAGAGCGGAACACGGUGGAAGUGUUCCUUAAAGCGGCGGUCCGGUUCGAAGGUCACUCGUACGGUGUCGGCAGUAAACUAGUUGUAGUCCUGGACCCUUUCGAAAAUGCACAAAUUCAAAGCCAAGGAGACCUCACAGGAACUAGCGUAUCCUCAAAACUUCCCAUUGCCGUGUACUCGGGCCACAUGUGCACGUGGCGCUUUUCUAAGUGCAAUCACGUUUAUGAGCAACUCCUGCCAGUCCAAAGCUGGGGAACUCACUUCCCGGUUGCUCCAUUUAGCAUUCAGAGCCAGUUUGACAGCAUCUAUAUCCAAGCAUCACAAUCAACUAAUAUAACCACUCAAUUCGGCUGUACUACAUUAACUGACGUUCUUCAGCGUGGUCAGGUUCUAGAGUACAAAAUCCAGUUUCCGAAUGGCCUUAACAUCAUUGCUGACAAUGGAAUUCAGGUGUUUUUUCUGUUUAAUGGUGUGCAAACAUCCCACGGUGUCACAUGCGGCCCAUUUCUGUUAAAUCUGCUGCCCAAGAAACAUUUCUGUUCUUCAUACACCCUUGACGGGAUAGCUGGAUUUGACAACCGAGCUCUCCUGAUUGUUCCUACUAAUGAAAAAACGGGGAUUAUUUUGUCUUUUCCCGGAAGUGUUCAAUGGAGGGUUAUCAAUGGCAGUGACUACUCUUGGACUGAACUGGUUUACCCACCCGAUGCAGACAGACACAAAGUAAGCCAUCCAAACGCUUCCUUUGUGGUGUACAGUGUGGGCGUAAUGCAAGUGAAUGGAUAUGGAGCGCCAGCCCCAUGCACCGAUCGAGAUGUGCCAACACCUAACACUUGCUUCAACAUCAUCUGUAGUGAGGAUGAGGAGUGCCAGAUGAAGGGUCCCUACCCCACCUGUGUGAAGAAGCCAAAUGGAAUCUGUUGGGCAAUGGGCGACCCUCACUACUGCACAUUUGACCAGCGUUACUUUGACUUCAUGGGCACUUGCACUUAUGUUGUCACCAGGAACUGGCAGGAAAAUGACAGUCUUCCAGCUUUUGAGGUCCUGGCUAAGAAUGAAAACCGUGGUGACACAAGAGUCUCUUACGUGGCACAUGUAAUUGUGAAUUUUGGUGGUAUCCUCAUCAGCAUUGAGAGUUCUCAGCCUGGGAAAGUCAAGAUUGACCAGAGUGUGUGGAGCCUUCCUGUGGUUCUUGAUGAUGUUGGGGUGUCCAUGUUCCAGUCCGGCAGCUUCAUCACCAUCCUGUUUUCUUUUGGGCUGAGUGUGCAGUAUGACUGGGACCACUAUCUCAUGGUCUCCCUGCCCACUGCCUUCAUGGACAAGGUCUCUGGACUCUGUGGCAACUUCAAUGGUGAUCCUAAGGAUGAUUUCACUAUGCCUUCGAACACCCAGGCUGACAGUGCAACAGAAUUUGGCCAGAGUUGGAAAGUUCAUAACUUAACAUUGGAUGAGGGCUGUAGCAAUGAUGGUUGGAACCUUGGAUGUGAUGCUGAAUCGCUUAAGCAAUGGCAGGGUGAAAACUACUGUGGACUCUUAAUAAUGGCACCAUUCAGUCAGUGUCAUUCUGUUAUUGAGCCACGUAUUUACAUCCAGAACUGCAUGUAUGAUGUUUGUAUGACAGAAGGGCAGAGAAGCUACUUGUGUAAGGUGUUCGAGGUCUAUGCAAGUGCAUGUCAACAUGUUGGGAUACAGCUAACCAACUGGAGAGAAGCAGCCAAUUGUUCUUACAGAUGCCCAGAGAACAGCCAUUAUGAGUUUUGUGGUAGCGCUUGCCCUUUGACCUGCAUGGGCCUCGGGUCUCCUGUGAACUGCACUUUACCCUGUGUCGAAACAUGCGCUUGUGAUCCUGGUUUUUUUCUGAGUGGAUCCAAAUGUGUACCUUCAGCCCAAUGUGGUUGUUCCUACAAUGGACACUACGUUCCCGCUGGUGAGACUUUCUGGGCGGAUGAUGCUUGUCAGCGGCUUUGUCGUUGCUCCAUGGAGGGUGGACAUCUAAAAUGCCAGGAUGGAGGCUGUGGGACAAGACAGCACUGCCAGGUGGAGAAUGGCAUUAGGGAUUGUUAUCCCGUCUCUCAAAGCACCUGUAUGGCACUGGGUGACCCCCACUACUACACCUUUGACGGGGAUCAUUUCAACUUCCAGGGUAACUGUGUGUAUCAGUUGGUUGGGCUUAAUGUCUCAGAGCCUGGACUGGUGCCCUUUGAUGUGCUGGUGCAAAAUGACUUCCGGGGAAGCAAAGUGGUGUCGUUCACUAAAUUACUGGAGAUCAGAGUGUACAAUACCACCAUUGUCAUUGAUAGAGAAUACAGCAGUUUUGUUACCGUCAAUGGUGAGCUGUUGAACCUUCCUCUCCAUCUUUUUGAAGGUCAGAUUUCUGUUUUCAGAAGUGGCUGGUCUGCUGUCAUUCACACCUCUUUUGGUCUCAAAGUCACGUUUGAUUGGAACAGCUUUGCAACCGUCACCGUCCCCAGCACCUACAUGGGUGCCAUCUGUGGCCUCUGUGGGAACUACAAUGGAAAUCCAGAAGAUGAUCUGACUGUCAGAGGAACGGCAUUACCUGCUUCAGGACCGAUGAAGUUCGGUGCCAGCUGGAGUGUAGCCGAGAUCCCAGACUGUGUCCAUGGCUGCACAGAGAGUUGUCAGGAUUGCGACCCGACCAGAAGGAGUGUCUAUGAGACGUCUGAUUUCUGUGGUCUGCUGCGUGACCCACAGGGGCCUUUCAAGGACUGUCAAACUGUGUUGAACCCUGCUCAGGUUUUUGAGGAUUGCGUUUAUGAUGUCUGUUUGUAUAAUGGAAGGAGAGAUCUAUUAUGCCAGGCCAUAACGGCAUAUGUAUAUGUCUGUCAGGCAAUGGGAAGGACCAUCAGUCCUUGGAGAACUGCUGAAUUCUGUGGUGUUCAGUGUCCUGUCCACAGCCACUAUGAGCUCUGUGGCUCUGGUUGUGAAGUCACCUGUCAUAGUUUGGCUCCUCCCACUGGCUGUCGUAGCCCCUGUAUGGAGGGCUGUGUGUGUGACGAGGGCUACAUCAGGAGUGGGGACCGCUGCGUCCCCUUCUCUCAGUGUGGGUGUCUCUAUGGCAACCGCUACUACUUGCUUUACCAACGGUUCUAUCCUGGCAGUAACUGUGAGCAGGUGUGCACUUGUUUACCGGAUGGCCAGGUGGUCUGUAGUAAGUUGUCUUGUGGCCCCUAUGAGAGGUGUGAGUUGAUGGACGGCGUUCGCAGAUGCCAGCCAAUUGGGCAGGCCAUUUGUGAAGCUUCUGGAGACCCACACUAUGUGUCCUUUGAUGGGAUGCGCUUUGAUUUUCAAGGCACCUGUACCUAUAUUCUGUCCCAAACCUUUGGCCUGGAAUGGACCAACCUGACCCCUUUCUCCAUCCAGGUGGAGAAUGAGAGAUGGUGGCCCAAUAGUUAUCAAAAAGUCUCUGUUACCAAGCAAGUGGCUUUAACCGUCUACGGCAGCACCAUCAUCUUAAGACAAAACGAGCCCCAGAUCUUGAUCAGUGGGGUUCUGACUAAUCUUCCAUACAGUUCAAACAGUUUAAAUGGCUCCUUGGUCCAGGCCUAUAAGGACGGCGUUAACUAUGUCAUCAAGACUGGCUUUGGUCUCAAAGUAACCUAUGACCUGUCUUACUAUGUCACUGUUACCAUCCCUGGCAACUACCGCCACAAAACCUGUGGACUCUGCGGCAACUUUGACGGAGACCCUUCCAAUGACUUUAGGCUGCCAGACGGCAAUGUUACACAGGAUGUGAAUAUAUUCAGGAGAGCCUGGAAAGUGCAUGUUCCCGGAGUGGUGUGUGAGGACGGAUGUGAAGGCGACGCAUGUCUGGACUGUAAUCCUCGACUGAAAGCUGUCUUUGAGAAGCCUCCCUACUGCGGAGUUCUGGUUGACCCCAACGGGCCGUUUGCCGCCUGUCAUACUGUGGUUAACAGUUCAGCUUAUCUGAAUGAUUGUGUCUUUGAUGCUUGUGCUUCUGACGGCAACAGCAAGGUGGUUUGUGACAGUGUGGCGAGAUAUGCUUUUAGUUGCCACACAGCUGGGGUCGGUAUCCAAAACUGGAGGACAGACUCUUUUUGCCCAAUGUCAUGUCCCACUCACAGUCAUUAUGAGCUGUGCUCAGACGUCUGCUCUGCUGCCUGCCCUGGUCUGACUGCAAUAGUCCAGUGUUCCAAAACCUGCGCAGAGGGCUGCACUUGUGAUAAUGGUUAUCUUUUUGAUGGCCAGCAGUGCGUUGAACACCAGCAGUGUGGGUGCUAUGAUCAGGGACACACGUAUAAGGCUGGAGAGGUGGUUUACCUGGGCAACUAUAAGCAAAUGUGUCGGUGUGAUCCUGGGAAGGGACUUACCUGUGAGGAUCCUUGUCGAGACCUCCACUGUCGUGAGAAAGAGACAUGCCGCUUUGAACGUGGCAAGGCUGUGUGUGUGCCCCUGUACAGCAGCAUGGGGUGCUUGGCAUGGGGUGAUCCGCACUACCACACCUUUGAUGGCUACAAAUAUGACUUCCAGGGCACCUGCAGAUAUGUCUUGUCUAAGACCUUUGGGAAUCUGAGUGGACUGGUGCCCUUCUCAGUAACACAGAGCAAUGAAAACCGUGGCAACCCUGAUGUGUCUUAUGUGCAAGAGGUGGAAGUUACUGUAUAUGGCCAAACUCUAAGCUUAGUGAAGCACCAGAUGGGACAGAUCAUGGUGGAUGGUUUACGGUUUUAUCUUCCAUUUGAUCUUCAUGAUGGCCGUGUGAGGGUGCGACAGAGUGGCAAUGCUGCUCUGUUGGAAACCGACUUUGGUCUGCGUGUCUCUUUCAACUGGAACUCAAGGGUUCACCUGCAUCUGCCCAGUAGUUACUAUGGAGUUGUGUGUGGCCUGUGUGGAAAUUUCAACGGUAAUGGUGAAGAUGAGCAAAGAGACCCUUCUGGAAACCUUCUGCCAAGUCUGUACCAGUGGGCAAAGAGCUGGAGAGCAGAAGACAGUGUCACAUCUGCGUGUCAUGAUGGCUGUGAGACCGACUGCCCUGUUUGCUCUCGUGACCUACAUGCCCUCUAUGAAACGGAUGCUUUCUGUGGUGUCCUGACAUCAACAGGCCAGAGUGUCUUUAGUGCAUGUCAUGCUAAAGUGAACCCACAGGCGUUCCAGCAAAGCUGUGUGUAUGAUCUGUGCUUCAAUAACGGAGACCGAAGACUUCUCUGUCAGGCUCUGGAGACUUAUGUCGAACUGUGUCAUCAAGAGGGUGUCAUCAUUACAGAUUGGAGAGGGAUAUUCAGUUGCUCUAUGAGCUGCCUGCCCAACAGUCAUUAUGAGGCCUGUGCGUCUCCGUGUCCAGCAACGUGUCCGUACCCAAAUCAGCAGCUAAAUUGCACAGAUACCUGUGUGGAAGCCUGUGUGUGUGACAGCGGAUUUGUCCUCAGCGCUGGCACUUGUGUGCCCACCAAUCAAUGUGGCUGCUUCUACAAAGGCGCUUACUACCAACAAGGCCAAACUUUCUGGGCUGAUGAAAAGUGUCAUCAGCUUUGCAAAUGUGACCAAAGUUUGGCUGUUGUGUGUCAUGAAUCGUCUUGUGCCCCUGAUGAGAGCUGCUUGGUCAUUAAUGGAAGUCGCGGCUGUCAUGCAAUGAGCUCUGCCGUAUGUGUAGCGGCAGGAGACCCACAUUACAGCACAUUCGACGGACUCCAUUUUGACUUCCAGGGCACAUGUGUGAAUCAGUUGGCAGCCCUAUGCAUUGAUAAAGAUGGUCUGGUACCUUUUAAUGUGACCAUUCAGAAUGAUCAUCGUUGGAGCAGCGCAGUGAGUGUCACCAAGAUGGUCAAUGUGACAGUGAAAGGGUUCACCAUUACAUUGACCAGCGAACAUCAGUAUCAAUUACUGACGUUACAAUCUCCGCUCUCACGGGUCUAUAAAACUGGAGGCAUGUCUCUAUGCUCAACCUGCAAUGCGACCCAGAGGGAGAACGCCCAGCGCUACUGUGAGAUCAUCACAAACCGGACAGGGCCUUUCAGAGAAUGUCAUGCGCAGAUUGAUCCCAGAUCUUACCUAGAGGAUUGCAUAUUCGACACCUGCCACUUCCAAGGACAUCAGGUUGUGUUGUGUGACGCAGUGGCAGCCUAUGCAUCUGCUUGUCAGAGUCAAAAUGUCACGGUUCACCCGUGGAGAAAUGCCACAUUCUGCCCUCCAUCCUGCCCACCCAACAGCCACUACAACCCCUGUGCUCCAGGCUGUACCGAGACCUGCAUUAAUCUCUCUGUGCACAACUGCAGCAGACACUGUGCUGAGGCCUGCCAGUGUGAUCGGGGUUACAUCUUGAGCGGCCAAACCUGUGUGCCACAAGCAGAAUGUGGCUGCUUCUAUCGGGGACGCUAUUAUAACAAACACCAGAUGUUUUACACCCAUGAGCAAUGCUUAGAGCGCUGCGUGUGUGGGCGAAAUGGAACGGUUUCCUGCCAGAAAUCAAGUUGUGCUCCAGGAGAAGCUUGCAGGGUGGUGGAUGGAGUAUUGGGAUGCCACCCUGUCAGUUAUGGAAGAUGUGUGGUGACUGGUGACCCUCACUAUUUUUCUUUUGAUGGCAGAAUUUUUGACUUUCAAGGCACGUGUGUUUAUACACUCGCUAAGGUAUUUGAUCAGGGCAAAGGAUGGCUGGUUAAUUUUUCUGUGGACUCCAAGAAUGAGCAGAUUGGAAACCGAGGGGUUUCUCUCGUCAAGACCUUGACUGUGACUGUUUACAACCUGACAAUCAGCAUCAAACGAGGUGAACGCUGGAGAGUCAUCGUGAACAAUGAAUUUGUCACCCUCCCUUCAUCUUUUGGCCAUCAAGUCACCAUUAACCAGGUUGGUCAAAGUGUCCAAGUGCAAACCGAUUUUGGCUUGAGAGUUCUGUAUGACGCCAGUUACCACGCAGAAGUCCAUGUACCCUCAAACUAUCAAGGCCACAUGUGUGGACUGUGUGGAAACUACAAUGGCAACCCAGCAGAUGACUUCUUGUUGCCCAAUGGCACACAAAGCACCAGUGUCGAUGCAUUCGGACAGGCGUGGGCAUUGCCAGCAACUGGUGUUCAGAGCGGAGUUGGAAGUUCCCCGCAGCAGUGCGAUCAGACCAAAGCUGAGAGUUACCGCAGAGAUGAUGCCUGUGGCCUUAUGGCAGCUGUCACUGGUCCCUUCAGUGCCUGUCGUGAUCGAGUGAAUCCUGAGCAACAUGUGAUUAACUGUGUAUUUGACAUGUGUGUUAUGGAUGGAGACGGAGCGAUGCUGUGUGAAAAUCUUCAGGCUUAUGCCAUUAUUUGCCAACAAGCCGGUACACAAAUCAUGCCAUGGAGAAAUAGUUCAUUCUGUCCGGUGGACUGUCCAGCUAACGGUCACUAUGCACAGUGCUCUAAUAACUGUGCCAAUACAUGUGCCAGCCUCAGCAGGACCAUUAACAACUGCCCAGAUAUUUGCAUGGAAGGCUGUCAGUGUGAUGAAGGUUGGCUCUCAGAUGGUGACGCGUGUGUGCCUGUGGGAGACUGUGGAUGUGUCCAUAAUGGCAAAUACCUAAAGGUGAGAUUUAAUGCUUUUCAUAAAUAUCGAUAA